AUGCAGGUGAACAAGGAGCGCCUGUACCUGCCUCUUAAGCUGGGUCUUGGGAAGGUGAACAUCUUCAGUAUGGGCAUGCAGCUGGUUCUGGAGACAGACUUUGGCUUGAGAGUACUGUUCGACUGGAACACCCUGCUAUUGCUCUCACUCCCCCGGAACAUGUACCAGAUGGUGUGUGGCCUGUGCCAGGGCAUGCCUCUCACUCCCCCCAUCCUCAGCACCACCGACUGGGGCAUGGCCUGGGCUGAACGGGACACCUUCUGCCAGGUGGGCUGUGGGGACUCGUGCCCUCGCUGUGGACUGGGGGAGAAGAGUGGCCUGACCGAUGCAGCACUUGCAGUUACCAACUCCAAUGGGAACGCUGAUAAUGGGCAAGUGAACACGCGCAUCCGAUUCCACAUUGGGGACGGCCUCUACGUGUUUGUGGACCCCGAAGCGGUCCGGCUGUGUGGGCUCAUCAUGGCCCGGGACGGCGUGUUUACCCGCUGCCAUAGUAAGGUGCCACCCACGUUCUUCUACCAGAACUGCCUGCAGGAUACUUGCUUGGAUCAGGGCGCUCAGGACACCAUCUGCAACUGGCUGCAGGUGUACGCCAGCACAUGCCGCUUACAGGGGAUCCCAAUGAGCGAAUGGAGGAGCGGCACGCCAUGUGGUCAGUCCUAUCUUAGCUGUAUGUUCUAA